UGCACGGAGGAUCAGCACGGAAAGCAGCGGCUCGGGGUGCGGGGGCCAGGCAGAGCCUGGGCAAGCAGCAUCCCCCUUCCCUGGCCAUCCAGCGGCACGGCCAUGGAAAGCUGCGCUCGGAGGGGCAGCACACAGCCCCCCUGCGCUCUGGGCACAGGACUGAACACCUGACACUUACAGAAAAACCCACAAAUUUCACCUCCACAGAUUUCCUCGCUGAGCACUUGGGGCGGACACAGAAGAGGCGAGGGGCGUUCACUGAUGGAUUGCAGGAGGAAAACGCGCGGACAACGAAACGCUUUGGAAUACCAGCUUCUGGGAGGGACAGGUUAAAGCGAUGGGAGGUGGUACCAUGACAGCCUCACCCGGCACGCAGCAGAAGCGCUGCUGCUCUCCAACGGGCAGGACGGCAGCUAUCUUUUGAGGAAGAGUAAUGAAAGAGAAGAUUUGUACUCCCUCUCUGUAAGGGGUAAAGAUUCUGUGAAACACUUCCAUGUUGAGCACACAGGAACUUCAUUCAAGUUUGGAUUUAAUGAAUUUUCUAGCUUGAAAGAAUUGGUCAUGCAUUUUGCAAACCAGCCUUUAAUUGGAAGUGAAACAGGAACUUUAAUUGUAUUGAAGCAUCCCUACCCACGGCAGGUGGAGGAGCCUUCCAUUUACGAGUCUGUCCGAGUGCACACUGCAAUGCAGACGGGAAGGACAGAAAGUGACCUUGUCCCAAAUGCUCCCUCACUUGGUACCAAAGAAGGGUAUUUGAUAAAACAAGGCAAAAUAGUCAAGAGUUGGAAAACAAGGUGGUUUACACUGCAUAGGAAUGAACUGAAGUACUUCAAAGACCAGACAGCUACGGAACCAAUUCGAGCACUUGACUUAACUGAAUGCUCAGCUGUGCAAUUUGACUAUUCCCAGGAAAGAGUCAAUUGUUUCUGUUUAGUGUUCCCACUAAGGACAUACUACCUGUGUGCCAAAACUGGGAUAGAAGCUGACGAGUGGAUUAAAAUCCUGCGGUGGAAACUGUCACAGAUACGGAAGCAGCUGGAGGAGCGCAGUGCUGCCCUCAGCUCCUAGCUGUGCCAGCGCUCCUGCUCCUCUGGCAGCAGCUGCCUCUGUCCACGGGGAAGGCACUGCUUUCCAGAGGGCAGCCUCACGUCUCCAGUGCCAUCUGUGUCCCCACACAGAGGCCACCCAGCUCUGCUCACACGGGAUCCUGCAGCUCUGGGUGCUCUGCGGCUGCCGGGUCACACAGGGGACGGCUGCAGAACCAGGGUGUGGGUUUGAUACAUGUGGUGUGUGCCUGUAAUGCACCUCAAACACUGCCACCUAAUCACAGAAGUGGUCACUGUUCAAAACUUUUGGGGUUAUUCAGAGCACUCAUUAAUUUAUUGCAAGCUGCAUCACAACUAAGCAUCGAUAUCAUGUUCUGUAACAUUGAACCUUUUAUUUAAAACAGGUCCUUUCUGGAAACAUUAAAUAUAUUUUUAUUACCUGUUUUGGCUUUAAACCUGAAGAAAAAUGACAGAAUUACAUUUUGUAGAUAGCAUCUAUAUUGCAAUCCAGAGAGUAGUAUUUCAAGGCCCUUUUCAAAGUGACAGAUGUCUGACAACUAGUUCUAGUCAAACAAAUUUUUGUAUGGUUUAGCUUUAUACCACAGGGAUGGCUACAAGGGAAUGUUUGUUUAAAACAGCAUCUGUAGGUAAUGGUGAGCAGCACCAUGUAAGCACACUUGUAUACAAACCACGGUUUUGAGAAACAGUAGCUGCUUCCUGGCACUCAUAGGACACACAUUUAACAGCGUUGUGGCUCACUAGAACAAGAACAAGAAGUGGAACCCCAUGAUGCUGGUGCUGUGCUCUAAAUAGGUGUUACAUUUGACACACUGGAGAGGCUCAAGACCAGACUGACCCAGCUGCAAGAUCCCCUGAGCAAUUCUGUGCCUCCUCGAGGGCUGGGCAAAGAGGGGGAACCACUUCUCCCGGCAAAACAAUCAAAUUUAUGCUGAAACAGCAUCUGCCAGCCUCUCCUGCUAUGCCACACUGCAGUCUGUGUUUGGUAUUGCUCAUGCAGAAGGUGUUUGGUAAUUGCCUUUGCUGGGAGAAGAGUGCAGAAGGGGGAAGGCAAAAGCACAUUGGAAGAAAAAAGAAAAUCUAGAUUUGGACAUAUAAAUAGCAUUUUACUUCAACUUAGGAAUUCAAAGUAUUUGUAAAUAUUUUUAUAUAGACUGUUUUCUGAAUAAAAUGUCAUUAUAAAACUA